GAGAAGUAGGGCAUAACACUGAGGUGAAAACACCUGAGGACCACCUGAAGAGCACCUGGAGAACACCUGGGAACGACUUAUCUCACAACCUCAACAUGAAGGCUGUCGUCUCUGUUGCUUUGCUUUUCGCCACUCUGGUCCUUUCCUCUGAGGCCGUCCAAGUCCAGGAUGGUGAAUAUUUCUUCUCAGCUGAAUCAGUGAAAGUCCUCCAGGGUUUGUUGGACAGCAGCUCCACCACCCAGCAGAAGAGCCCUCGUCUGGCCACGACCAGCUAUGCCUCUGUCUGCGCUAAUCCAACCCUGCCGCAGGAGUUUGUACCCCUAUGCAACCAAAGCGGGUCCAGCAUGGUCUUCUCCAGACUAGCUGCCGUGCCCAUGGAUGUGUGUGAGAUCUGUGCUUUCGCCGCCUGCACCGGCUGCUAGACCCCCAUCCCUUUUCCAAAUGACAAAGGAAUGUCUUCACCUUUACCGAUUCAAUACGCAAACCCACGUUUUCUUCGCAUUCACGUAAACCGGCGUCCUGAUCCGUAUGGCAGACUGUUUUGGAACUGUUACUUAUCGUUUUGAAAGCAUGCACUUAAACCUAAAUCAGUCUGGACUUUAAAUGACCUGCAAUGUUUGUUUUUCUUGUGUUACAGCCUAACGUUUCACUUAUUUAAUGAAAGUAGCGUAGUCUUAUUUUUUCUACUUCUUGUAUUUCUUAUUCGUUUUCAUAUUCUUGUGCAAUAAAAUGCCUUGAAAAAGGAUCCGGUUCCUUUUGCUGCUUUUCCAGCUGUGGCUGUUUCACAUGUCAGUGUAAAACAAGCUUUUACAAGCACUUAGACUGCGUGUUUAUUGGUUGACAUGUAAGAGAAUUAGGAAUUAAUGACAACCAGUGAUUUCUGAAUGGAGCACACUGAGUUAGUCAGAUAAAGAUUAGACUGAAAGCUGCUGGAGGGCCUUAUUUUAGCAUAAAAAGUGGACCAUCUGAUUUUUUUCCUAAAAAAAAAAAAAUUAAAAUGUGAGUUUAAAAAGUUAUUGUCUGGGCUGCCUUCACGUUUUAAGCUAUUUUUAAGCUAUUUGGACUUCAAAUAAUAA